CAAUCACGUGAUUAGAGUGAAGACAACAUGGCGGGGUAUGAGGAGGAGGAAGCGCUGCUUCCCGGUGGAUCAGAUGGGGGCCCCGGUAACACAGAGCGGAAGCAGAUGUCGGCCAUAUGUGACCCCAGCCGGUUCGCUCAUCGUGUGGUGGUGCUGAGUCUUAUGUGUUUUCUGGGCUUCGGUAGCUAUUUUUGCUAUGACAACCCAGCAGCACUGCAAACUCAGGUCCAGCUGGACAUGAAGGUGAACACAGCAAAUUUCAUGCAGUUGUAUGCAUUUUACUCCUGGCCCAAUGUUGUUCUUUGUUUCUUUGGAGGCUUUUUGAUUGAUCGGGUAUUUGGGAUCCGGUUGGGAACAAUUAUAUUUAGUCUCUUUGUGUGUGUUGGACAGGUUAUCUUUGCAACAGGAGCCUUAUUUAAUGCUUUUUGGUUAAUGGAAGCUGGGCGGCUGGUAUUUGGGAUUGGUGGGGAAUCGCUUGCAGUUGCACAAAAUACCUAUGCUGUCAGCUGGUUCAAAGGGAAAGAACUGAAUUUGGUUUUUGGAUUGCAGCUCAGUAUGGCUAGAGUGGGAAGCACUGUAAAUAUGAACGUCAUGGGGCUGGUGUAUGCUCGGAUAAAAGAUGCAGUGGGCUCUGCAGGUUAUACAACACUCGGUAUAACUCUCAUGAUAGGUGGAAUAACAUGCGUGUUCUCAUUGGUCUGUGCCCUUGUACUUGGAUAUCUGGAUAAGAGAGCAGAAAAAAUACUCGAUAAAGAACAAGGAAAAACUGGUGAAGUCAUCAAACUGACUGACGUCAAGGACUUUUCCCUCAGUCUCUGGCUGAUAUUUUUAGUAUGUGUUUGUUACUAUGUUGCUGUGUUUCCCUUCAUUGGUCUUGGCAAAGUUUUCUUCAUUGAGAAAUUUCAGUUCUCACCCUUGCAAGCAGGUGCAAUAAACAGUGUAGUCUACAUAAUCUCAGCACCACUGUCGCCUUUUUUUGGAUUUGUGGUUGACCGGAUUGGGAAGAACAUAAUUUGGGUCAUGUGUGCUGUGGUGUCCACCCUUGCUGCUCACCUUAUGUUGGCCUUUACUUUCUGGAAUCCUUGGAUAGCCAUGAGCUUACUGGGCGUUUCCUAUUCUCUUUUGGCCUGUGCUUUGUGGCCUAUGGUAGCAUUUGUGGUUCCUGAACAUCAGCUGGGUACCGCUUAUGGAUUCAUGCAAUCCAUCCAGAAUCUUGGUCUUGCUAUUAUUGCCAUUGUUGCUGGUGUCAUUCUGGAUUCCCGUGGCUACUUAUUCCUUGAAGUCUUUUUCAGUGCCUGCAUUUGCAUGGCCAUUAUAGCAGUUGUAAUGCUGUACUUUGUGAACCUGCUUAGAGGUGGAGAUCUUAAUUUAUCUACAUGGGAGAGGGAAAAACUACAGAAACAAGCAGCCAUUGAGGCUGAGGCUCGACUGAGGCGGCAGAAUUCAGAAAGUCGGCUUCGUCCACUGAGUGCUUUUGCUGUGAGGGUUAGAUAUCUGUCCAGGCUUGGAGCACAGCUGCCAGAUCAUUACUGCAGUCACUUGUCAUCAUUGGCCCACAGAAGUGUCCUGAAAUAAGGAAACGCAGACCUACAAAAUUUGAGUGUUUCCUCUUGGAUUGGUUUGUGGUAUUACUGUGGAAUCAGUUUAAAAUUUGC